CAACUCUACGCUUAUACUUAUACAUACGAGAGAAUUCUACAAUUUAUUAUCGAAUUGAACUGAUUAGACACUUCGUGUUACAUGUAUAGUGUAUUGUCAGUUGUUAAUACGCGUGUGUCUGUUGCGAAUAGUGCGAGCUUACUUUAAAAAAAGACGAAGUUGAAUUGAUGUUUUCAUCAACAUUGUAGUAGCAGAUUCCAAUUGUGCUGUGUAACAAAGUGCGAAUUAUAGCGUGUUUAACGUAUCAUUGAUAAUUUGACAGUGUUAAUAUAUUUUAACUUGAUUUGAUUCUUUUUUUCAAGUGCAAAAAGUAAUUAACUUUGGUAUUGUAUGUGCAUACGUUCACAGGUCAGCAUGAAACCAGGACCAGAAUCAGAAUCAAAUUAAAUCAAUUCGUGAUGCGGAUUUAUUGACCGAAUUCCAUAAAAUGUCAUCUAGUUCACAAUUUCUUCGUCCAAUUCACUUGAAAUACGUGAUAUUCAUUUUCAUCAUCACCAUAAUAUCAUCACAUGGCCAAAAUCAAUCGAACAUCAAGUCAUCAAUUUGUAAAUCAGUGCUACUGAAAAACUGCACAGGAGAUGCAUGCAUCGCCAACAUUUCAGUAGUCGAUAAAUGCCCAUCGAAUUUUACACGAGACGACAUCAAGAGAAAAUGCGAAAAUUUUAUGGACUCCGAUUUACUCAACGACACUUUCCUAUUCAUACCAGUGACCAGCAGGCAAAAAAGCAUCACGUAUUGGAACAUUUACUGCGCUUUAUGCAAUCAACAAGGCCUGCAAUCUGAUAAUUUUACAUUUUGGACAUUACGAGCUCUCCAUAAACCGAUUGAAAAUCACAAUAAACUCGAAUCAUUCGAAUCUAAUAUCGAUUUAGCAGUACUAGAGAAAAUUGAAGUGGACCACGAUACUCAAAAUCUCAUCUCAAAAUUCCAUGGUUUUACACGUAUGGUAAUUUUAUUGAGAUAUUUACCUUCAGAGUUGACGAAUUCAUCUUACCAGUCUUGCUCGACUUCAAUUACCAGCAACGAUGAUAUCGAGUUAAUUGCAAAAAACAUCACAGGUGGGUUUGCCCCCACCCCAGAAAACUUCAAUUGCACUGGGACGAAAUUUUGUUCACGUAGAAAAAUCCCUCAACCUGAUACUUGCGUUUAUUUCGAUCCAAAUGACGUCCCUUGCGUUACAAAUAAAUUCUACGUCCAAGGAGUAGAUUUUACCUACGAUAAAAAUCAGGUAAUUCGUACCGAUGGUGAAAUACUCGAUAUAAACGAGUAUUCUUAUCCGAAAAACGACUCGUCAUCAGAUGUAAUAUUUUUCUGCAAAAGGAAAAAUAUCAAGACGCCAGUUUCCAAAGAACUGAUCCAAUUCACCAAAUACAUGAAGUAUAUUUCUACAUUUCUUCUACUCGUGUUUCUAGUCAUGAAAACAAACAAAGAGAAUUUCAGAAGUUUGCCUAACCUAAUCCUGUAUUCGUAUUGUAUAGCAUCUUUGUGGGUAUAUUUAUACCACAUUUUCAGCGAGAAGAUCGCCGAUAAAUUAAUUUUAAGAACCUAUUUAUUAUUUUACGUUCACUUGAGUCACGCAUUUUGGGCGGCGUUAAUUUCGUACGAAUAUUGGUACGUUAUUUCGGCAGCCCUCAAGUUCAAAAAACCUAAACAUUUAAUUAAAAGGUAUAAAUAUUACGCCUUUGUUGGUUGGAUACUGCCAGCUUUACUUUUAGGCUCUGUUUAUCCAUUUCUAACCGAGGAGGAUAAAACCUCUUCUUGUCCUCUGAUUCCUCAUCAUAGAAAUGUCAACGUUGCUCAGAAUUUAUCGCAGUGGGCUCAUUAUCUGCUCGGUGCAUUUUAUAUCCUCUACUUGGCUGUUUAUUUUGUACUGAUACCUGUUGUGGCUAUUCAGGGUUGCUUUUUCAUUCGUUUGGCUCGUCAUAACCGCAGUCUGGAAGAGCGAAGUGAUGGAAGACAUAGGAAUAAGAAGACCAGUUCCAAUAAUACUGAGCUGGAUUAUUUGUUUAUUUUUACGAAAAUAGCUUAUUUAAUGGGUAUUCAUUGGAUGUUGAUGUGUGUGGGUAUGAUUUUAACAUAUUUUUUCGAUUUCGGUUUCAGUCUCGGUAAUGUGUUCAGUGUUUUAUUCGCUUUUCACGGUACGUUCAUAGCUUUGGCUUUUGCAUUCACCAGAACUGAACGAAAAAGGUAUAAGAGAUCGUAUAGGUCGUUUAUGUCUCGCAGUUCUCGUAGCACUCAAGUUGAAAGUUUGACUGCGGAGGAAGGGUUAAAUAAGAUGGGUGAACGUGAAUGAUCUCAAAUGAGUGGAAUGUAGAGGUGAUUUUCAAAUUCUGAUUCCAGUUUUUUUUUUUUUAAAUUAAAUUUCGUUAUUUUAUGUGAAUUUUUGGAAAAUUAGAUUUUUUCCUCAAAGUAUUUUUUUUUAUUUCACAAUAUCCUUUUUUGAAUGCUAAAUCUUCUCUAAAGUGUCUGAACUCAUUUCACAGCUUUUUGGCCGAACUCAAUACUCAUCCUAGUCAAGUAAUUGAUAAACAGUCACUUUUUUGAGUUUUUUUUCAAGAAUUUACCAUUUUUUCUAUUUUAUAUAUUUUCCUUAGUAGACAUAAGAAAAUUUAAUGUAAGCUUUUCGUAUGUAAUACCUACCUAUAUUUUAGUUGUGACGUUCCUUGAAGCCAAUUUUUUUUAUGUUUUUGCUGCCGAUUUUUACAUGAUAGAUAUUUUUAUACUUCGACCUUGUUGAAAGAGAAUAAUUUCAUCGAGUAUUACAUUACAUUCAUGAUACAAAAUAUACUUACAAUAUUUCUCAUUAUUUUUAAUAUUUUUUUUCAUUUCAACUUUUAUUGAAUAAAUAUGUUAUUUUUUCUGUU